CCCGGGAAGCGCGGCCCCGCCGCCGCCGCCGCCGCCGCCGCCCGCGGGGAGACGCGUCCCGCGCGCCCGGGCCCCGCGCGCUGCGCCAGGUCGCAGCUCGGAGCGGCGCGAUCUCGCCGGCGGAUCCCGCGCCUCCAGCCCGCCGAGCGGGCCCCUCCCUCCCCUCCUGCCGCCCCGGGAUGGACCGAGGACCUGCCGCCUCCCCGCAUCCCACCGGAGAGCGGCCGGCGGCCGCGGAGGGGAAUUAGCCCCCCACCCAUGGCAGGGGGCAGCCGCCCGCGGCUCCAGCGCAGCAGCCCGGCGCCCCGCGCCUCUCGCCCGCCCGCCAGCCGCCCGCAGAGCGCCGCCGAGGAGGCUCCCGGCACCCGGCCGGCCCGGCGCCCCGCGGCGCUUCGGCCAUGUAGGUCCAGCCUGCGGCUCCGCUGACCCGGCUGUCACCAUGCGGCGGGGCUACGCGGCCGUGCUGUGUGUCCUGGCCGUGAUGGGGCUGGAGGCCGCCGCGCUGGGCGAAUGCGAGAUCACCCGACUUCUCCAGGACAAGCUGCAGUACGAGAUGCGCCUGCAGUACAUGAAGCACUAUUUCCCCAUCGACUACAGCGUGCAGGUCCAGUACGAGGAGGUGCUGAGGCCGUCCAACAUCACCCGCCUGCGCAACGGGACGGUGUCGGAGGCAGCGCUGCGGUACCUCUGGUUCCACGUCAGCUCCCAGGCGCUGCUGAGGAUCCGCGAGGUGCUGCCAGAGAAGCACCCGUCCUGGAAGUACACCCAGGAGCUGUGCCAGCUCUUCGACGCCCUGGGCAGGGAGUACAGCAAGUACCGACAGACGGAUGUGGACGUGGUGGUGGCCGACCUGGUGAAGCAGGUCCACAGCGCCAGCGCGGAGAGCCGGAGGAAGGCCGUGCGCCCCAAGGCCCUGCUGGACAACUGCCUCAAGGUCAUGAGGAUGCUGUACGGCAGGCCCUGUCGCUGGGACUCCACCUAACGCCGCGGAGGGCCGCGUGCUCGCCGUCGCCCGCCCUCGCCCUCCGCACAGCUCGGCGCCUGCUCCAGCACCUCGCCGGCCCGCUGCAGCGGCGCCUCCCUCCCGCCUCCCUGCGCUGCCCCAGGGACCCUGCUCAGCCUCCAGCAAAGAGGGAGGGGGCCACAGAGAAGGAUGGAGGGGAGCCGCGAAGAAAACCUCUCCCACAUGACAGGCUCGACGUCUUUUGCUUCUCCUGGGCCCGAGGAAGCCGCCUCUCCUCUCCUGCACAGCAGGGCCGUGGCCACCCAAAGAGGACCUUUUGGGUGCUCCUCUCCCCAGCUGUCCUGUGGGCACAUGGGGCACCUGGCCCGGCUGUGGGGCUGCCCUGUGCCCAGGCCCGUGGUCAUUGCAGGGAGGGAGCUGCCGUGCCACCGGGGAGCCUUGGCACCCUGGUCCCUGGAGGGUGCUGGGGACCGUGGGCACAAGGGACUUCAUCCAGCUCGGCUGCCUCAUCCUGCCCACGAAGGAAGGCGCAGAGGGGCACAGUGGCGCCCUCGGAAAGGCCACCCUGUGCAGGACCCUGGGACCGUGCACGGUCGGGGAGUCUGCGAUAUGACGCCCAGCCGCCGUCUGAGCAGCAGCCGGCGCUGGCCAGGCUCGAGCCAAAGCACCCAGCAGCCCCACGGGCACCUCACUGUCCUUCUGCAUGGGUGCAGGCUGGAGGGGGUCCUGGACGCAGCCCCCAUGGGAAGGUGGCCCCUGACCAUGUUGGGAGAUGCUGCCUUGUCCUGGCUGCAGUGGGUGUGAUUUUUUUUUUUUUUUUUUUAUCACCAGUUUCCUGUUUUGUAUUUUUUCUUCAGCUUUCAUUAAAAAAACGAAUAAUUUUCUAGCGCUUGUUGCAGAUAAGCUUCCGACUGGGUCGCCUAAAGGCUCAAACCUUAACCGAAAUAAAAAACAAGCAGACAGAA